AUGAGCGCGCAUCGAACUUCAGGUCAGGAAAAUGAUGGCGAACAAAACUACCGUAAAGCCUUCUUUCAACCAAGCUCACGAAUGAAAUUUGAAUCGUAUAUGACGAAUUCUUUUGAUGAUGAGAAUGAAGAUGAGUAUGAACAACGAGAAUAUUCGGAGGAACAAGAACAGGAUGAUGUUGAACCAUCGGGUGAAUACGAAUCAGAUCGUGAUGGCGAAUAUUCUGAUGAUUAUGAAAAUAAUAAUAAUUACAACAGUAACAAAUAUCAAUACGAAGAAUACGAAUUGGAUGAAGAAGAUGAGAGGCUGUUAAGAGAAGAGAUGGGAGGUUAUUCAGAGCAUGAUGGAGUGGAUGCACAUCCUGAAAAAGAGGACAGUAACACCCUCACUGAGCAAGAACAAAGUUUUUCGGAAGAGGAGCUCAUUUCAAAAGUUUCAGAGAUAAAUAAGUUAGCGUUAAGGAUUGAUAUUAUUAAGCGAUCACUCGAUGAAUCGGAAGAAUCAAGAGAGCAAAUCGAAAUGCUGAAAUCAGAAAUGGAAAAUAUUAUUGCUACCGUUUGCCAAAUUGUAAAAGUAGAAAGACAGGUCAACCAAUAUGUCAAUAACGAAACUACAUUUUCAUCAUCAAUAAUACCUUUAGUGAGGGUAUUGAAAGAAGAUAUUCGCAAGCACUUCCAUUCCCAGCAAAAUUACUCUAAACCAAUAGUUGAACUUGAAACUUCUCAUACUCAACUCGAAGAAAAUUAUGAUCACAAAGACCAGAAUAUGGAUCAAGAGGAGUCGCCACAAGAAGAAGAAAACGGCUUCAUCUCUGAUGAGGGUGAAGACCCUGAAGAAGAAGAAUAUCAACCGACGAUUGAUCCAGAAGAUUUGGACGGAAGUGACGAUUGUGCAAACAUUCUUAACCUGAAUUUUCAGGAACUGAGCUACUUGGAAAAUUUACAAGAGCUAUGCAUCAAAAAAAGCUUUAACCUUAUUGAGGAGAGAGGAAAACGAGAGAAAGCUCUUCUAAACUAUCAUUUAUGUGAGCUGUCUUACAAGGAGACUUUCAGACAAGAAGCGUUAUCACUAGUUCAGCAGCUCAUUCGAAAUUACGAAAAUGAACUGGACCAACUAAACAAGAACUGUGAACAGUUAAAAUCAGAGGCAAAAGAAAUCAUUCAUAAUACAAAAAGACCAUACAGAAAUCAGAAAAUUUCCACUCCACAAAAGCUAAAGAUUGAGAAAAUCGAGCCUCUCGAUACGUCUUCAAUUAUAACGCCGAGAUCAACAAAAGAACCUAGGAUACUGACGCCGUCCCAGGUUAAAGAAAUCCAAGAAAAUAAGGCACUUCAAAAUAUGUAUAAUAGACUAGAGGCAAGUUUGUCACGAACGCCCAAAGUGGACAAAGAGAAGGAGUCCACAAAAGCGCCAAACCAAACCAAACAGGUGAACCUUACUUCGAUUCAUGACCCAAUCGAGUCCAGCGAUUUAAAGCCAAAGAAGUUGCGGUCUGUGUCUCCAGAAACUGCAAGAAAAUUAGCAGCAGAGAGGUUAAAAGAGAAAAAGCAGCGUGAGAAAGAACAAAAAGAAAAGGAACAGCAGGAGAGAGCAGAGAAAAUUAAAAAGCUUGAGGAAAUAUGUCAAAAACAGCAAGCAUUAAUUUUAAGAGAACAAAAGUCUGCAAACACAAAAAAGUAUCUCGAAGAAAUCCUUUCCUUUGAUUCAGAUGAAGAGGAGCAAAUGAAACAAAUUGAAGAAAUUGAGAAGAGAAAACAAGAGGAAGAAAAAAUCAAUGAAGCAAGGAAGAAGGCAAUUCUUCGAGCAAAAGAGAAAAAGAAGAAAGAGCUAGAAAGAGAGAAAGAAUUAGAAGAGGAAAGAAAAAGGAAAGAGGCAGAAAAAUGGAGGAAACGCGACGAAGCUCUUGCUGCAUUCAAACUUAAACAAGAGAUGGAAAAGGAAAAGGGAGUUCAUAAAGAGGUAGCAGUAAUGGAAGCGACUGAUACACAACAACCCACUGUAGCUGCCGAUCGGUCAAAAUCCAAAUCGACCAUUCCUCCCUCAGCGACCACAAGCACACACUUGAAAAAGCCAACUGUGACAACCAAAGAAGAAAAGAAAAAGAAAACCUCAGCACCCUCCUCAUCCACCCAUUCCCAUCUUAAUCAAAACAACACCAAACGAAAAACAACCACCUCUUCAAAUGCCGUUCCAACAAGUCCUCUUCUCGAAGGUCUCGAUGAAGGAGGUGAAAUGGACUUUCUUCAAUUCUCUCCACCUCCUCCCAUGUUUUCGAGCAAAGCGACAACACAAGUGAACAAAAAGUGA